AUGGCACAAACAACCACACAACCAUCACCUACACAACCAACACAGGAUACGGUUCCCAAAACGCAAGCGAGAGGUAGUCAGAAAGCUAGAGGAAAAGAGAAAAAGAAAAGGAAAGCGAUCGUGGAAAGUGAAGAAGAAGCUCCACUAUGGUGGACACCAGAGGAGGAGUAUGCAUUGGCGGUGGCAUGGAGCGAGCCUUCAAAAAAUCCAACUGUAGGAAAUGAUAUGAGGAAAACUGGUUUUUGGGAAGCAGUCCUCGAAAAUUUUCAUGCGAUUUUGAAGAAACAACCAUAUUGCAAUGUCGAUAUGCUUUGUAGCAAGUGGACUCCAAUCAGUCGUCGGUGCACCAAGUUUAAUUUGAUUUUCAUGAGACUUUCUUCGCAAAAUCAAAGUGGUGCGAAUGAUUUCGAUUUGUUCAAAGUCGGGAGGGAAGAAUUGCACAUCGAAAUGGGGGCACGCUUUCCACCACAAGUUAAAAAAAGAAAGUUUGUAAGUUCUAGUAAUGUACGGGGUCCUAUUGAUGAUGUUUAUAAGUCGGACCAUGGAAAAGGAAAGCAAACUACAUUGGAUAAGAAUAAUCCAAUUAAAGAGAAGUUGAAGAAGGUAGCUUGGAAAAAGAUUGCGAUUUGGGCUUAUUCAGUAGGCUUACCUUUCAAUGUCGUACGUGAUGAAGGUUUCCAAGAUGCAAUCAAUGCCAUUGGAGAAUAUGGAAGAGGCAUGCCGGCUCCAAGUUAUCAUAAUAUACGGGUGACAUUGUUAAAGGACGUGUUAGAAGAUACCCACAAGUUUGUGGAUUCGUUUCGACCACAAUGGAAGAAAUUUGGAUGUAGCAUUAUGUCUGAUUUUUGGACAGAUGUUUUUCUAAAGUCGAUUGAUGCAUCGGAGCAUAUACAUAAUGUUGAAUAUAUUGUGAAGAAGGUAAAUGAGGUGAUAGCAGAAGUUGGAGAGGAAAACGUUGUGCAGUUUAUUACAGACAACGGUUCAAACUACAAAGCUGCAGGAAAGAUUUUGGAAGAACAACAUCCAAAAUUAUUUUGGACUCCAUGUGCAGCACACUGUGUGAAUCUCAUUGUACAAGAUAUUGGGAAGAAAGAAGCAACAAUCGCGACCGCUUUGACUGAAGCAAGAGCUAUUGUGGUUUAUAUUUAUAACCAUGGAAGGAUUCUCAAUAUGAUGAGAAAGUUGACAAAGAAUACAGAGUUGCACAGGUCUUGUGUAACUAGAUUUGCUACCCAAUUUUACACCUUACAGAGUGUCCAUGAGAAUCGACACCAUCUCCAAGUUUUGCUUGUAUCUGAGCAAUGGAGAAAAAGUUACUUUGCAAAGAAAGCUCCUGGAAAGAGAGUUGAGAAGAUAGUAUCAAAGCAAUCUUUUUGGGAUGGUGUAUAUUUAGCUUGCCAAAUAAAUGCUCCAUUGGUGGAUAUUGUUCGUUUGGUUGACACAGAAGAAGGACCGUGCAUGGGGUACAUCUAUGAUGCGAUGAGUCGAGCACAAGAUCAAAUAAGCAAAAAUCUAAAUGAUGGGAAUAAUGACAAAAAAAAAAGACUGGCAGCUGGGUGUUUCCUUAAUCCUGCAAUUUUUCAUGGAGAUAAGUCAAAGGAAUAUGAGGCCAAUAAACAGAUUAUGACCGGAAUUUAUGUUGCUAUUGACCGUCUUGUUCCCGAUGAAGAUGAAAAUGAUACUUUGAGACAAGAAUUGAAUCUCUACAUUGAUUUAAGUGGACAAUUUGGAUCCCCAGCUGCUAAAAGGAGUAUGACAAAAGUUGCACCAUAUAUGGUGGCGUCUUAUGGGAUAGAUACACCUAUCUUACGAAAGUUUGCUAUCAUGGUUCUUAGUCAAACUUGUAGUGCUUCACCUUGUGAACGGAAUUGGAGUACAUUUGACAAUCUACAUUCUAAGAAAAGAAAUUGUCUUUUGCAACAAAAACUAAAUGAACUUAAUGAUGAUUGGACAAUACCAACGGAAGAUGAGCUUCAAGACUUUGUGGAUGGUGGUGAUGACCUUCUUUGGUCAGAUGUGCAAGAAGCAAUGGGAGCGAAUGUAGACGCUCAACCAAAUAUUAGGAGCGAACGAGAGCAUUAUAGAGACGAUGAUGGUGAUGAUAUUACAGAUGUGGGGAACGAUCUUGAUGAAGAAGUGAAUGCUUUGGAUGAUGUUGACUCGGAAGCCGAACCCGUUCCAUGCGAUUAA